AUGUCUUCAACACCCACAAAAAUCACUCCUUCAAACACUGCCGAAUUGUCUUCCCAUCACUUCAUCGAAGGAAAAUAUCAAGACAUUUAUGAAAAACGAAGACAAAUUCUAUCCAUCCGAUUUAAUCCAAAUUUAACGGAUCAAGAAAAGAGCGAAUAUAUUACGAAUGAAUUGCAAAAUUUAAACAGAUUGGAACAUGAUUUAAUGUUGUUGCAAAAAGAGUCCUUUGAAGUAUUGGAAGAGGAUUUAGAUUUAUUAAGUAUUCGAUUAGUUGUAGGUUUUCCAAAGUAUUACCAAAUCAAUAGUUUUGACUCGGAAGGGAGACUGGUAUCCACUUCAAGCAGCAGAAGAUCAUCUGUUGAUGAUUCCAACCUACCAUCAACAACGAUUGCAACUUCUUCAGAUGCCACCAUCAGUGGUGGAAAUACAUUGAAGCCACCCCUCACUAGAAAUAGAUCCCGAACACUUGAUCAUCCAGGAUUCCCAAAGGCAACCUCGAUUCAUUCAAUGACUCCAAAAGAAUCAUUUCGAUACAGCGAAAACAAGUAUGAGGCUAAGAAGUUGAGAGAGGAGAUUCGUGAACUACGUGCUGAAUUAUUGGUACUAAAGAGAAAAAAGAGAUUGUCGGACAGUGAGGAGGAUCGAACUUUGGAGCUCGAAGACCAAAUCAAGGAUAAAGAAGCAUCCUUUCUCAAGAUGUAA